CCAUGAAUUCAACUCAGCAUCUCAAUGACAGUGUGGGGCCUUCUGAAGGCGAUUGGAUCUACCAGAUUAUUGCAGCAGAAGGAGCCAUUGGUGUCUUAGGAAACCUCUUAGUAUGCUUUGUCAUUCUACGAGUCAAAUUCCUGCACAACAUGACAAACUAUCUGCUGGUGAAUUUGGCGGUAGCAGAUAUGCUGUCAUGUUUAAUAGCAUUCACCUUCUACUUCGCUUCUUUUCUGAAGUACAAUCCAGCAAGCUUUGGUGGGAGAUUGCUUUAUUGCCGACUUUUAAUUUCUGAUUUUUUGCCAUGGGCUGUAAUCUAUGCCUCAGCUUACAAUCUUUGUUUGGUGACAUUAGAGAGAUAUGUUGCUAUAGUGCAUCCACUACAGUAUGCAAGGAAACUCACAGCAAAAAGGAUGACAACUCUGAUUGCUCUAGUUUGGACAAUGUCGUUUCUAAUUUCUAUACCUUUUAUAUUUGACAUUGAACCUGCGAAAGAAUCUGAGACAGCUUGUUCAGAAAUCACAUACCCCAAUCAUGCAUUCCCCAUUCUUCUAAGCGUGCUUUCAUUCUUCAUGGGGUACUUGCUGCCUAUUACAUUAAUGAGUUGGGCCUACUACAAGAUACAAGUCAAUCUCAAAAGACAAGCAAAAGCCCUGAACCUGCAACAUGCAAGGGCAGCAGCCUAUGAUCUUGUGAUUGCUAGACAGCGUCUGGUCAGCAUGCUUACAAUUGUCUUAGGAGCUCUCAUUAUUCUCUGGACAGUAUGUUACAUCGCUAUUCUUCUGUGCUUGCAUCCAACAGACAAGGGUCCAUUUCCUUUCUGUGGUUCAGAGAGCUACAGGUAUAUUCGAGAAAUCAGCAAUAUCCCCUUCUAUUUGAACUCUGCUAUUAAUCCCAUCAUCUACGAGUUCAAGUAUAAAAAAUUCAGGCAAGGUCUGAGGGUAACUCUUUGCGGCUGUUUUAAAAGACAUGAUAGUAAUCGGAUUGAAGUCGAGGUGCUCCCAUUGUGAAAAAGACACAAUUGAGUUG